GCCAAAAAUGCUGGUCAUCAGAGACUAUUUUGGGGUUCCCAGUCCUUCGGGUGGACCGCCGCUGAAUGCUCAGAUUGGUGAUGUCAUAGAGGUCAUCUAUGCCGAUCCUCACAGCUCCUGGUGGGAGGGCAAAAUCCUGACAACGCAAGAGACCGGCUUCUUUCCAAGUGAUGCAGUCAAACCCUGCCCAUGUGUACCGAGGACAGUCGACUAUUCAGCUCAACCCUGGUUCGCCGGGCCCAUGGAGAGGCACCACGCAGAGUCUGAGCUCAUGGAGAGAGAGAACAGCACCUACCUGGUGCGAUACAGGAGCCGGGAGAGCAGAGAGUACGCUAUCAGCAUCAAGUACAACAAUGAUGUAAAACACAUUAAGAUCCUCACCAAGGAGGGCUGCUUCUACAUUGCUGAAAGCAGGACAUUCAAGACUGUGUUAGGACUUGUUGAGUAUUACAAACAGCACUCUCUGAAAGAGGGUUUCCGUACUCUGGACACUAGUCUGCAGGUGCCCUAUAAGGAGCUUGGUAGUGGACUCGCACCUGCUGUUUUGACCCCGAGAGUGCUUGGCAUUGCACUGGCACGAUAUGAUUUCAGUUCCAGAGAUACACGGGAGCUCUCUCUGCUGGUGGGCGACCUGGUGAAGAUCUAUAUCAAGUGUACCAAUGGAUGGUGGAAAGGUGAAGUCAAUGGCCAGGUGGGAUGGUUCCCUUCAACUUAUGUGGAGGAAGAGGAGUGAUCAGCGCAGGACGUUAUCAUCUCUAUGCUGCGACAGUGAUAGGCCACUUGUUGGCUUUGUACAAGAAACGUAAUAGCGAACAGUGCACCCUUAUUUGAGCGAAGCACCACAAACACAGCAAUUAUCAGCCUCCUCUAAUGGGAUCCUAUGGACUGCGGUUGAGACCUGCAGCGUGAUGCAUCCGAGGCCCCGUUGGCUUUGACUGUUUAAUUAGUUAUGAAUGUCCCUCGCUGCUCCACAUUCAGUCCAGACAUCUCUUUCUCUCACUCUUUUCCUCCCUCUCACCCUGUCACCUCCUGAAAUCUUCACACAGGGCCUGGGGCCCCCCUCUCUCUGCCUGUUUAAAAUUUAAACUCCAUUUCUGUGCUGUGCCGGACCUCCCAUAAACUCAAGAGUGGCACGCAGAGAGAAAAGCCCUGAGCUGGCCGUUUUUUCCCUCCACUCGGCGACCUUUACGCGGUGCUUUCAGCUCACCUUGUGCUAUAAUUGAUGAUUUAAUUCGCCCGUCUGACUCUGCAAAGUUUGGCUGGGACGAGAUGGAGCGCCGUGCUGUCACGAAGCCUUCCUCCCUGUCUCCUCCUCUUCAGCCCUGAUAACACUUAGUGGCGCUGCUCUCUCAGGGCGCUCGGAGCACUGCGCAGUGACAGGAGGGCUGCCGUUCAGUGCGAUAUCCAUCUUAGCCGGCCUAACGUGCUGCGCUGUGAUAAGUCAUCGCUCUGUCUGUUUCUGAACCUCAGGUGCUCCCAAGCAGAAUGUUGGCACUGAUUUUGGACUGAAGUCAAUUUCUUCUCUUAUCAUGCAACGGAACGACUUGUUAAUGCUGUUGUGUUUGGGGCACUAAGGUUCCUAGACACUGCAAAAAAUAUUUGGCGAGGUUUAUGCCUGUUACAAAAAAUCUGCUAAUGGAAAAAUACAAAAUACAAUACUGUUCAAAAGUUUG